AUGAAAGAGUAAACAUAUGGUCCAGAUGAAAAGAUAUUUUCUUAAGGUGAUUUGGAUUACAAAUUCUUCUUCGUAAUGUCGGGAAAAGUAGAAUUAGAGGUAUCUCUAAAUGGUAGCUUUAGCUAGCAAAGAAUUUUAGGUUAACUAAAAAAAGGAUAAUAGUAUGGGAUACAUAGUUUAUUUUCAUCAGAAGCUAGAAAACUUACAGCUAAAUGCUUAGAAAACACAUCCAUUCUUAUUAUACACAAAGAGGAUUUUAUAUAAAUCCUUAAGGAAUUUAGAGAUGAUUAUGAAAUCUACUGCAUGAUUAAAGAUAAAGUGUCGAAUAACUAUGAAGAGUGUGAUAUCAAUUGCUCAAGUUGUUAAUACAAAGACCAUGAGAUAACUUAAUGUCAAUUGCUUUAGUAUAAGCCAAGAAGAGAACUCAUAAUUAACAAAGUCAAUUAUUAUUAAGAAUAACUUUAUCGCGAUAGUUCUUUUGUCAGAAGAGGUCUCCGUUCUAAUUUCACUUUAAAACAUAACUAAUAUAUAAGAUAAUAGCUUAAAAAUUUAAGAAUUAAUAUCUUAAAUAAGUAAUUUAAUAAUGUUGUUAUUAAGCUAUAACGAAAAAAUGAACAUUUAAUAGAAGCAAUUUAAGAUAUUGGAUAUGAUCACGAUGAGUUAUUUUUUAAUUUAGUGCCAGAAUUUUUCUUUUACCACAACGAAAUAGUGAUGGCUUUAGACGAAGAAGACUUUAAUAAAUCUUCUGUUUAUGGUAGUCUGUACAAUUAGAACUAAAAUUUAUCGAUUUUCAAUGAUUAAAAUAUUCAUUUUUCAAAAAAUUAUGAUGUCAUACUUGAUGAUUAAUAAUUUAUAGAUUUUGAAACAUAGUAAAGUAAUCAAGCUAAUAGGAAUAAUAAGGAUUUUUGUAAUGUUUUAUCAAAUCAAAAGUCCCUUCAACUUUCAGGAAUAAAUGAAGAAAAUUUAAGUGAAAAUAAUUAUGUUAAAAACUAAAAUUCUUUAGGAGAAUCAAACUGUAGCAUAGGGAUUCAUGGAACAAAUAUACAAAAUUAAGUGAUUAAUUCAACGAGCAAUCAUUUUAUAUAAAACCAAACUCCUAUUUUAAAGCAUAUAAGCUAAAAUUAUACUAAUCAAAUGCAAGUAAAUUUAGCAUAGAAUUCAUAAAAGCAGAAUUUAUAUAACUUACAAUCAUCAAACCCCUACAUACCUACAUCACAAUUUUAAAUACCUGAAGCUCCUGCUAGUCCCUUGCUUAGUUACAAAAAUAAUAAUUAGACUGGCAUUCAUUAAUAAUAACAUGCAUAGUAAAAUUAAAUAAGCAUAAGUAACCAUUAAUAACCUGUUUUACUAACACAAACAAGCAUUAAGCCUUUACCAAUACAUAACCUGUAAAGAGAAAGCUCUUUAAAUAAAAUGCUUCCUUAUUCGCCAAAUAAUUACCAAUAGUCUAAUAGAACUAUUUAAGUACCAUCAUAAUCAGUAGCUGAUGGAACACCUUAAAAUUAAAAGAAUCACAUACAAAAUGUAAAUAACUUUGACAAUUAUUCAAAAAUACAGCUACAAAAAAUUCAAACAGAAAAUAUUCAAUAAGAAAAUUCCUUCAGCAUGAGUCCAACUAAAAUGAAACCAAUUCAAAGUUUUGAUAUAAUACCAAAUUAAAGUGAUUCUAGUCAUUUUUAACAGUAGCCUUAAAUUUAACUAUAGCCAGAUGAUUAAAUUAAGAUUAGUUUUGCAUAAAAGGAAAAAAGGAUGUAAUAAAAUAGAAAGAUUAAAUUAAAAGAAACCUAAAAACCUGAAAAAAUGGUAAUUAGCAAUAAUAGAAAUAUAGAUCAGAUAAAUGAAUACAAAGAUCAAUAUGUACAAGAAGAUGAGAUGUUUCAUAGAAGGUCAAAAAGAAAAAUCACUGCUUAUAAAGAUUUUCAGAACGAUGAUGAGUAAAUUCAAAGAAAAUCGAGAAGAAAAAUAACUGUAUUUAAGGAUAACUUAAGACUAAGUAUUAAAGAAAAAAAGAGUGAGUUCUUAAAAGAAAGUACUUAAAGUAUUGCCUAGCAUUUACCUUUUUCUGAAUCUAAUGCAGAAAAUAAUUUUAUUGAAGAAUAAAUUUUAGAAAAAGAUAUUUUUGUAGUUAUGGAAUUCGAUAUUAUUCAUGAAUUUCAGCAUUACUUUCCUCAGCACAAUUACUCUUGUAUUAAAUUCAAAAACAAAUAAGAAAAUAUACCAGACUAGAUCUAAUCUAUUUUAUAGCAUACAACAAAUAUUGUUUUAAAAAAGAAUAUUAAAUAAAUAUCAUGA